ACCCCACCCACACCCUCUUAUCGUAGAAACCUGACUCAAACUCAUUCGAUAUAAUAAAGUAAUUUGACGAUUAAAAUCGAUGAAAGAGUAAGAAUAAAUAGUCUCGAAUAGCGAAAUCGACCAUUAAGGAAAGAUAUAUCCAUGCCUCUUAGAUCUACGAAUGUCACACUCUUUAAAUCUUCAUUUUUUCUUUCGAAUAUCAUUUCAUUUUAGCCUUUACAAUUCUUAACCGUCAUUGUUGAUAAUGUUCGUAAUGAAGCUGAUAAAUGGAAUCGUCUUUCACGACAGAUUCUUGAUGAUCUUCUUGUUUAUCUACAAUAA